UUGAGCAAGAUAUUGAGCAACGAGUCAAGCAAGUUGUGAAAGUGCUAUUUAGCAGCGUGUGCAGUGUCAGUAAAGUCUUUGUUGCAACAUUCUGUGCGAUCAUUCCUUCAGAAGUAGCUUGUAGCAGACGUAUUUUGGUGUCUGCUUCUGUGGGUGGUGCAUAGCGUCAAAAUAGUUGCUUUAUCCAAAACCAAGCUUAAGCUGGAUGCAACAACAGUCUCCCAUUUUGCGUGGGCUCGAUAAGUCAGUGAUCAGAUCAUAUCGAUCAGCUCAGGCCGAGUGUUCUUGACUCAGGCUCAUCUGAGGGGAAAUAAGGAAAACUCUGAUUUUAACAGCAUUUUUUGUAGCGCGUCAGCCCAGCGCCCAGCCGCCAUGCCGGUGCGCUCGGAGGGCAUGGAGGCGCCGCCGCCGCCGCUCAACUCGCGCCAGCCGGGCGUGGUGCGCUCGCCCCUCCACGACGGCUCCGUCUUCAAGGGCUACCAGAAGUCCAAGGGCAACUGCUACGACGUCGAGGUGGAGCUGAAGAAGGUGGACCUGGACAGCGCGUACCUGUGCGGCUACCUCAAGAUCAACAACCUGACGGACGACUUCCCCACCAUGGUGACGUACUUUGACGGCGAGAUCAUCGGGCGGCGGCACCCGUUCCUCACCCGCAAGUGGGACGCCAACGAGGAGGUGGACCGGAAACACUGGGGCAAGUUCGAAGCGUUCUCGGCCUUCAGCAAGACGUUCAACACGGACGACUUCGACUACGACGCGCUGGAGGCGUACGACUCGGUGUUCAUGAGGUGGAAGGAGAGUUUCCUCAUCCCUGACCAUCAGGUGAAGGACAUCAACGGGGCCUCGUUCGCCGGGUUCUACUACAUCUGCUUCAUGAAGUCGUCAGCGCAGAUCGAAGGCUACUACUACCACGAGAAAUCCGAGAUGUACCAGUCGCUGGCGUUACAGCACGUGCCCAGUCACUCCACCGAGAUAUACGAGUUCAGAUGAGGCCAGCCAGGCGUGUCGUCCGCCUCGCCGCCAGAGCUUCCGCCAGCCGCCGCCAGGCAGCGCUGCCGUGCCGCGGCGGCGGCUCGCCCCGAACGCGAUGCGUCGGUGUGUGACGCGCAGUGCUUUCAGCUAGGGUUAAGCGGUCGGAGGGGACGCGUCGCUUCUUCGGAGAGUCGGCGUGCAGAGCCGGGAGUCGCCGACUCGCGGCAGCCGGGAUGCAGUGGCGACGUGUGUUUGGAAUGGACUUGUGGCUGGUAGUCAACCCCUCAUAAAUUAGCAGAUGCAGUGUGUAGGUCGCAUUUUGGUGUUGCCAAUGUCCUCGCAACUCGCAAAUACUCCUGGACAGGAAUGUUUGGGUCUCGUGGUAACUGUGGCAGUCCCCCCCCCCCCC